GAAUUUGCGUGAUUGACCUGUCAACUGAACUCUUGUCAACCGAAAGAUGUCUUGGUCACCGUCCACCCCAUCGUCUUCACUUCCGGAUGCUAGCGAUUCACAACUGUUGUCCGGGUCUCUUCCAUCACCCGAACCAUUCGACUCAGAUUUUCAUACGGGCCCUGGGGGCGCCGAUCUUUCCCUCUCAGAACUCUCACUAUUAGACAAGGACACGGAAAAUUUUCGGUUUCAUGAUAGGCCACGUUUCAGUCUACUGGCACCACCUGCCACAACAUCACAGACGUUCUCACCUGAUCAAAGCAGGAUAUUAGAGGACGACGAGUAUGAAGAAGGAAACGACGAUGGCUCUGAAACCGAUGCUGAUUCAACUAUGAUUGGAAGGGUUGCCGCUGCAAAGGCACGGGAAGACAAGCUUCAGAGCGAUCUCUACGUUCUCAAGAAGCUGAACGCGUCUUUUGCGUUAUUUAACGAUGCGUUGCGAUCUACUCAAACUGCAACUGAGCAAGUGGCAACUCAACUCGCACAGACGGAUGCGCUUCUAGAUAAAUAUGUCAAUAUGCUUGGAAAGUCAGAAGCCGUGGCGAAGCUGAUUUUUGACGAACAAUGGGAGGGCGCAGAGGCUGAUGAGGAGUUACUUCAGAAAGAACGACAGGAGGCCCUUGAACAGGCCCGACUAGAAAAGGAACGCCUUGAGCGGGAAGAGGCAGAACGGAGGGAGGCAGAAGAGUGUGCGCGCGUGGCUGCGGAGGAAUCUGCUCGCCGCGAAGCAGAGGAACGUGCACAACGCGAGGCCACGGCAACAAAGGCGCCCCGUGGCCGCGGCAUUGGCGUAUCAAGUGGAGUCCGGGGCGUUCGCGGAACACGAGCAACAGCAACAUCGGCAGCUGCAAGAGGCUCCAAAGGCAUUCCUCGUGCAGCCUCAAUGAGCGCCGCAUCGGCAAUCCCUCGCAGUCGAUCAGCUAGCGCCACGGGAAGCGCCGGAAGCUCAGGCUUGGGCGGUGGAACGAGACCUGGAUCAUCUGCAAGCCGAGGAACAGGCUUGCCGCGAGGCGCACCCAGGAGAGGCUGAGCCAUACUCUUGCAUGUUGUGCGUGGGCAGGGUCUUCAAGAAAACUCGCGGCUACUGCACAAUGUCAUAAUAACCAGCCAGAGGCACGCCCUACCACGAACUCGCCACUGCGGUACUCGCCCGACUGCCUGGUGCCGCAAGGCAUCCUCAUUUGAGAGUAGAAGUCACAGUCACCUUGCAGCCUGGAAGUGGCAGAGCGACCAUUACUCACAUCAUAUUGAAGAAUCCGUCACAGUCAUUAGAUUUAGCACCGCUCCAAUACCAUUCGAGCUCCAAUGACGUAUCGAUGUUGUCAGUAGGAAGUUUCAUGUAGCCGAACACACAGACUGCGCUUGUAUUUGCAGAGCCAGGGGCGGGUAUGCCUUCC